AUUCCACCCGAGAUUACUUAACAAGAACAUUCUUGCUCUACCCACAUCACAUAAUUGACGCUCUGAGCCCUGCUUUUGUUUAACACCGAUAGAUCCAUCGUCCAUCAGCAGCAUGGCAUUCAGGUCUUGUCUAGUACGGCUGCUGCUCCCUAUGGCAGCACUGCUUCUGCUCGCUGCCAGCUCGCCCGCGGCGGCUCAGCUGGUGGCCGGCUACUACAGCAAGACAUGCCCGGACGCCGAGGCCAUCGUCCGCAACGAGACGGAGAAGAUCAUCGCCGCCGCGCCCAGCCUCGCCGGCCCACUUCUCAGGCUCCAUUUCCACGACUGCUUCGUCAGGGGUUGCGACGCCUCGGUCCUGCUCGACGACCCCAACGGGGGUAACAAGGCCGAGAAGGACGCCAAGCCGAACAGGAGCCUGCGGGGCUUCGGCUCCGUGGAGAGAGUGAAGGCCAAGCUGGAAGCCGCAUGCCCCAGCACGGUUUCCUGCGCCGACGUCCUGGCCCUGAUGGCCCGCGACGCCGUGGUGCUCGCCAAGGGCCCAUCCUGGCCAGUGGCCCUGGGGAGGCGAGACGGCAGGGUGUCGAGCGCCACGGAAGCGGCCGACAGCCUGCCUCCUGCCUUCGGCGACGUCCCGCUGCUCGCCAAGAUCUUCGCCGCCAACGGCCUCGACCUCAAGGACCUGGCCGUGCUCUCCGGCGCACACACCCUCGGCACGGCGCACUGCCCGUCGUACGCCGGCCGGCUCUACAACUUCAGCAGCGCAUACGGCGGCGCGGACCCGUCCCUCGACAGCGAGUACGCCGACCGGCUGAGGACGCGCUGCGGGAGCGUCGACGACACGGCCACGCUCUCCGAGAUGGACCCCGGCAGCUACAAGACCUUCGACACGAGCUACUACCGCCACGUAGCCAAGCGGAGGGGCCUCUUCCAGUCCGACGCCGCGCUGCUCGCCGACGCCACCACCAGGGAGUACGUCCUGCGCAUGGCCACCGGCAGGUUCGACGGCGUGUUCUUCCAGGACUUCGGCGAGUCCAUGAUCAAGAUGGGCAACGCUGGCGUGCUCACCGGUGCUGCUCAGGGGGAGAUCAGGAAGAAAUGCUACAUCGUCAACUAACUAGCUAGUUAUUAUAUAUACAAGCUAGCUAUACUACCAAAGCUUUUAAUUUGUUUGUUUGACGCAACGGAAUUGUAGCUUGCUGUAUUAAUUAAUCAAUCAGUUCUCUACAUAUGUUAUUUGCAUGCUUAUGUAUAGCCUAUUAUUAAUGGACGAUAGACUAUAAUAUAUAAA